AUGAAACACAUUUCAUCAAGCAGUCGAUCGUUCCGAACGAAUCCGUGCCAAUUCUAUCGCAAAAAUGCACAGGACUGCUGGGUUGGACACAAAUAUAUCCCGUGUAACCAAUUGGAACAACAUCUGCUUGAGAUGGCUGAGCCUUGUUUAAAUAUUAUGAGUCCUGCCAUUAUGACAACAACAACGACAGCACCACAAAUGACUACUCAACUAUCAGCUACCAGUCCAUUCGACUUCAAUUCACCAGCCAUCAUUCUGAUUUUUAUUCUCAUUAUAACUCUACUCGCUACACUGAUUGUAUUCUCGAUAACAGUAAUUGUCAUUCAUUUUCUCGGUCAUUGCCGAAACAGCGAUCGAUCAGCACAUUACACGUCAAAGUCAACUCAAACCAGACGGUUGCUGCAACAAGAAGAACAAGACACAAUUCAUCUCACGCCGUUAAUUCGCCAGGUACCAGACCGAGUACCUGGAUUCGAUCGUCCAGCAUUCGACAGAAAUCAAAAUCUUCCCCAGCAUCAGAUACUUGACAACCCACAUAUCUCACUCGUAAGUAGCACGACACCACAACGGAUUCGCCAUACUAUUACCAAUGCGUCUGAAACCUGCCAUAAUGACUUUCAUAUUGGAUACUUAUGUGAACCGGCCCGAAUCACUAAGCUACCUGACGAACGGCCCUUGAGAAAGGUCGAAACUAUAGUCGUAGCUAUCUCUAUAGAACUCACACCCUCACACCCACCCUCAAAUUGUUUUGCUUAUAACAACAAAUAUUAUCGACAAAUUCGAGGUGGAGCAAUGGGUUCAGCAUUCACACAAGUAUUAGCCAAUAUUUAUAUGUUCGAAUGGGAACAAGAUUUAAUUGAACAUCAACGGUUACAUCACGGCAUGUAUGGAAGAUACAUUGAUGAUAUAUUCAUGACCACAGAUCAAAGCAUCGAAGAGAUCAAUAUUGAACUAGAGAAGGCGAACAACAAGGACAUUAACAUCAAAAUUUCAACAUCCAUUAAUACGUCAGUUCAUUUCCUCGAUGUAACAGUUAGCAAUGAAAGUGGACACUUACGCACAUCCAUCUAUCAUAAACCAACAACCGAGCCAUAUGUGUUACCCUAUACAUCUGAUCAUCCGCGCCAUAUCUAUCGUAACAUUCCAUAUGCAGCAUUGUUACGUGCUGCUCGUGUUUGUUCAACUGUCGAAGAUUUCCACUCGGAAUGCAUACGAACAGAUAUGUCAUUAUUAUUAAACAAAUAUCCACCACGUUUUAUUACUGAACAAUUUCAACGUUUCUUUCAGUUGAACGAUGCAAUAUCUAUAUCAUCACAAUUGAAUAAAGAUGCUUACCAACGUCUACAUCAAACAUCGUUACAUCAAUCAACACGUCGUGAAAAGAAACUAAACAUCAUGAUGUACAAUCCCAUUGAAAAUCCAUUAGUGUUACAACCAAAAGUGUGGAACAAGGAAGUGAUGUAUCCACGAUAUUUGUUUGAUUCCAGCAUUACCAAGGUUUAUUCAAACCAAUUCUACAAUUGGUGGAAACAUUACUAUGCCUUUCCAACUUCACCACUUCAACAAGUCAAAGUCAUUCUAGUCACAACUACCAAUCCUACAUUAGACCAGUUCUUUAUUCAUAAAAAACCUCCACGUACAAUCUUAAGAAAAACAGACAGCAUCGACUCACUAACAUUUAUCAAGCAAUUUAUCGAACAGCAACGAAAGAAAGAACGCUCAUAA